UGCCUUCUCCAGAGAGCCUCCAGCUGGUGCCCAAGCCCUCUGCCAAGUGGGAAGGGAUAAAGGCAGGGAGGGAGUCGACAGGACUCCUGCCCGGGCACAGCAGAGAGAGGAGCUGAGACCACAGCCCUGUCAGAGGGGCUCCCCAGAUCUCUGGUGAGCACCCCCAGACUGGCCUAGGGCAUGCCCCAGUUCACUUUCGCCUGCUUCUGUGGCCUCCACGGCUUCUGCAAGAUGAAGAGGAAGAAGGAGGAAGUUCACAGAGAGCGGGAGACGGCGGUGAAACAGCAAGAACCAGCAAUAAAGGCCAGUGGGGUCACCAGGGACAGAAGACAAACACCCCGGUUCUUUGUCCUGGACAGUGGAGGCCUUGGUGAGGCAGAGAGGCUGUGGAGCUUACAGGAGCUACCUGGAGACGGAGGCCAGAGAGCCUGCCUCGAGGGCACGUGUGUCCCUCGGGGUCACCUGUGCGGCUGCAGUCCUAGAGAAGUCACUCCCGUGGUGGAGGAUGAAACUGUAUCCCCGGAGGGAACUGGGGACUUCGCUCCUCUCAGCAUCUGGGGACACAGUCUGGAGACUGUUCCUCACCUUGGGAGAACCCAUGGGCAGGUGUCACCCACAAAGGCCAAAGCACCCCGGCGCCCACACGCCACGUACCCUGAGCCUCUGCCUUCCAGCCUGGACUUCUCUUCCUCCUGCUUCUUCUGGGGUGGACCUGACUUCCUGCCCUGGUCUGAGUCUCCCUCCCUGACACCUGGUUGGAUAAUUGUGCCCUUUCUGAUUGGAAUUCCCUCCAUCCUGGCGGAGGCUCUACCUUGAGCUGGGGUCCUCAGCACUUGCAGUGAGGCAGGAGUCUGUGAUAGGAACGCAUGGCGCUGAGCCUCCCUGGGCCUCAGUUUUCCCCAUCUGGGAAGAGGAAACUUCCCAGGCCCUUACCCUCCUGGACUGCAGGCUGGUGAAUGGAAAAUAAAGAGGUGUGGAGGGUGCUGGGGUCCUUGUGACCUAAACGUUGCCUGGAACCCUGGCCCAUGGAACCCGAGGGCUUCUUUUCUCAGGUUGAAGUCUUUUCAUUAGAAUGUCAUUUUCUUCUCUACUCCCAGGGCAGGACUUUUUGAAUGUAGCAUAUGAUAUGGGUCCAUAGAAAUAUAUAGGGAGAUUGUUAUUUUUAGAAAAAUAAAAGCAUUGAUUGAACCAGUUGAAACAUGCAUGAGAUGC